CCUUCAUUCUAGUUUCAAUUGGACCCUUCACAUCAAUCACCCUUUUCCUUUCUCUUUUUCUUUGUCUUCCCCACUGUACACACACGGCGGCACAGACUUCCAUGUACAUUAUAUAUACAUAUGUAGAUACAUAUACAGUAUACGUAUUGUAGUUGAUCAUCUUCAGCUUGAUUCAGAUUUCAGGGGAGUGUGCAAGCUGGCACCAUUGCAUGCUCUCCUCAAAAAACCUUUACUCUUUUAAACCCCCCCCAAUUUCUUUUCUUCAACUUUUCCCUUUGAUUUCUUGAUUUUUCUCUUGUGGGUUUUUGUGGAUUUCGGUUUAAUUUCAUAGAUCUGUUGCCCUUUUACCCUCGAUAUGAAAUUGGUUCAGAAAGAUUCAGAGAAGGUGAUAUGGGAUCAGAUGAGAACCCACGCAUCGAACACGACAUCGCCCAUUUUGCCAAAUCGGGUCGGCAGUGGUUUGCCCAAGCUCAUGCUGUACCUUAUCUUGUUCGUCUGUGCAACUUACCUCGUUUACACUCUCAAGCUUCUCAACACCUCUAAUUUGCCUUGUCCCGAACAGGAUUUGCUAUUUUCAACUCGUGAUUCGUUACAGAACAUCACGCUUACUCCCGCGAUCGUUGAGCCCGAGAAAACGGAGCUCAAACACAUAGUUUUCGGCAUUGCGGCCUCGGCGAAGCUCUGGGAAAAACGGAGGAAUUACAUCAGGUUGUGGUGGAAGAAAGAGGCAAAAAUGAGAGGGAUUGUGUGGUUGGAUAACCCUGUCAAGACCCAACCCGAUGAUGGUCUACCGCCGCUUAAAAUUUCCGGCGAUACCUCACAUUUUGCUUAUAAGAACAAGCAGGGUCACCGGUCGGCGAUUCGAAUUUCCAGGAUUAUAUCGGAGACGAUGCGAUUAGGGAUGGAAAAUGUGAGGUGGUUUGUGAUGGGGGAUGAUGACACAGUGUUCAUCACUGAUAAUCUUGUUAGGGUUUUGAAUAAGUACGAUCACAAUCAAUAUUAUUACAUCGGAAGCUUGUCAGAAAGUCAUUUGCAGAACAUAUACUUCAGCUACGGCAUGGCCUACGGCGGCGGCGGUUUUGCCAUAAGUUAUCCUUUAGCUAAAGCUUUGGAGAAGAUGCAAGAUCGGUGUAUUCAGAGGUAUCCCGGCCUCUACGGCUCCGACGACCGGAUGCAGGCGUGUAUGGCGGAACUCGGCGUGCCACUCACCAAGGAACUCGGCUUCCACCAGUAUGAUGUGUAUGGGAACUUAUUUGGGCUGCUUGCUGCACACCCUGUGACACCAAUAGUUUCAUUGCACCAUCUUGAUGUUGUUGAACCAAUUUUUCCGGAGGUGACAAGAGUUGAAGCUCUACAAAGACUAAUGUUACCCAUGAAACUGGACUCGGCUGGACUCAUACAACAAUCCAUUUGUUAUGAUUCCUCAAAAAGUUGGACUGUUUCGGUUUCUUGGGGGUUUGCAAUUCAAGUAUUUAGAGGAAUCUUGUCUCCCCGUGAGGUGGAAAUGCCAUCAAGAACUUUCUUGAAUUGGUAUAGAAGAGCAGAUUACACGGCUUAUGCGUUCAAUACACGUCCUGUUGCCAGAAACCCGUGUCAAAAACCAUUUGUGUUCUACAUGACAAAGGUGCGGCUAAAUUCCACGAGCAAUGAGACCAUAAGCGAAUACGCACGACAUCGUGUGCCUCACCCUGCUUGCAAAUGGAAGAUUCUGGAUCCUUCAAACCUUGAUAAAGUUGUGGUCUAUAAAAGACCUGAUCCACAAUUAUGGGAUAGGUCUCCAAGGAGAAACUGUUGCAGGGUUUUGGAGUCAAAGAAGAAAGGUUUGGUUGUGGAUGUUGGUGUAUGUGAAGAAGGGGAGAUCAGUGAAGUAUAAUAUAAUAACAAGCGAGAGGGCGUUGCGAUGGAUUUGGCCUUUGUUCUUGUCUUGUUAUUUCUUCUUGUAAGGUACCUUUUACCUACCUUCUUUGAUGUUGAUUUUUAGCAUAAUUUUUCUUGAAAUUGAAGGCAUUUAGCGUAAGUACAUGGGUUCUUUGUUCUUUCCAGCAACUUGACUGAUACAUUAGGUUAGAAGAAUUAUGUCAAUGUAUAAACUUUUUGUGGGUUACACGCAAUAAAAGCGAGAUAAUUGAGUGAGUG